AUGAGUGUGAAUAUCAUAUGCAAAAGUAGGAUGAUAGCAGCUGUGGCCAUUAUAUAAUAUAUAAUAGAAAGAAAAGAUUACACGCGAUCAAACAUAUAUAAUGAUUUAUCAAGCAUAAAUGCAUAAUAUAUGUAUUUAGUAUCUUGGGCAAACAGCAUGAUUUCUAAAAAGUUGGACAAACUAAUGGUGAAUGAAGUUUGGCUAGAUAAUUUUCCAUCCACUAAAGCAUCUUUUUUGCCGCCUGGGUGCUCAGAUCAUUGUGCUGGUUUAGUUGAAAUUACUUUGCCUAUGAUAAAAGGUUGUGCCAUGUACCAACUUUGUAAAAAGCUCAAGGUCCUAAAGCCAGCUUUGAAAAAGUUGAAUACUGAUCACUAUGGGGACAUACAGAGCAGAUUGCAACAGGAAAGAGAUAAGUUACACAUGCUACAACUUGAUCUAUUAGCUAACCCACGUGAAGAUUUAAUACAAGUUGAGCAUGAGCAGGCCAAUAAAGUAGCAGCUUUGCAACUUGCUGAAGAGUCUUUCUUUAGGCAGAAAUCAAGGGUUAAAUGGCUGCAAGAAGGCGAUAGCAAUAUCGCAUAUUUUCAUAAAGUGGUAAAAAUAAAGAGGAUGAAAAAUACAAUUAUUGAGCUCACUGCAAUGGAUGGAAGGAAACUUACAGCCUUAUCUGACAUGGAGGCUGAAGCUGUGCAAUUCUACAAAAAUUUGUUAGGAACACAAGAUGUGAAUUGUAGAAAGGUGGAUAGUCAAUGGCUCAAAGACUUGCUGCAAUUCCAAUUGCCAGAGGAUCUAUGUACUUUGCUUACACAACCGGUUACUGCAACAGAAAUUAAGGCUAUUGUGUUCAACAGCCCUGGACAUAAGGCACAUGGGCCUGAUGGAUACACAGCAGAAUUUUUUAAGGCCUCUUGGGCAAUUGUAGCUAAUGCAUCUUGGGGGUGGAGGAAAAUCCUCAAAUUGAGACAGGUAGCUAGGAAGCUUAUUAAGCAUGUCCCGGUUAAUGGCAUGGAUACUUAUAUUUGGCAUGAUCAUUGGCACCCCUGUGGGCCAUUAUUAGAGACUUAUGGUGAUUCUAUUGUAAGAGAUACAGGGAUACCUUCUCAAGCAAAGCUAGCAUGUGUAAUUAGUGGCAAUUUUUGGAAAUGGCCAUCGGCUAGGUCACCUCAAUUGGUACAAAUUCAAAUGCAUCUAUUUAGCAUUUGGCCAAAGCAAAGUGAGAAAGAUCAGGUGUUAUGGGUGCCAUCUACAUCAAGAAGUUACAAAGCUGGACAGACUUGGAACUGGCUGAGAAGGAAACAGGGCAGAAAAGCAUGGCACAAGCUAAUCUGGUUUUAUCAAGCCAUUCCUAAGCAUAGCUUUAUUAGUUGGCUAGCCAUUCUCAACCGGCUAACCACAAAAGUUAGACAGAAACAAUGGACGCCUACAAUUGCUGACACUUGCAUCCUAUGCAAUGGUAGUUCGGAGACAAAUGAGCACUUGUUUUUUAAGUGCAAUUUUACCAGUAAUAUAUGGCAGCAGCUUUGUUUUAUAACUGGUAUACCUUUUAUUGAUUCUUGGCAAAGCCUAAUGCAUUGGCUGGGUAAGAGGAUUCGAAGGAAGUCUUUAUAUCACACCCUAAUCAAGCUAACAUGGAAUGCUUCUGUCUACCAUGUGUGGAUGGAGAGGAAUAGAAGAUUUCAUCAGCAGGUCUUCAAGUCAGAGAGUGCACUUAUUCAUGAUAUCCAGAUUGAUGUAAGAAGCAAAAUUCUGGGUUUUGUUCAGCCGAAAUCAUUGCUAUUGCCUACAACUAUUGCACGAAAUUGGGGGCUUGAAACAAUAGCAGUGUGAUGUUAAGUUUGUGCAUAAUGGUUACUUUGUAUAUUCUGUUUUGGAUUUUUUUUUUCAAGUAGUAGCAUAUUUGCUGCUUUCAUUGUACACAAUCAGUUUGGAUAAAUAAAAACUUUACAUUUUA